ACCUCCUCACGAGAACAUGCCUCUCGCAAAGGAUCUCCUCCAUCCCUCUCUAGAAGAGGAGAAGAGGAAACACAAGAAGAAGCGCCUGGUGCAGAGUCCCAAUUCCUAUUUCAUGGAUGUGAAAUGCCCAGGAUGCUAUAAAAUCACCACGGUCUUUAGCCAUGCACAAACCGUAGUUUUGUGCGUUGGCUGCUCCACUGUCCUCUGCCAGCCUACAGGAGGAAAAGCAAGGCUUACAGAAGGAUGUUCCUUCAGGAGGAAGCAGCACUAAAAGCACCCUGAAUCAAGAUGAGUGGAAAACCCUCCCAAUAAACACAUUUUGGAUAAAAAAAAAA